GCGCUGCGGCUCAGUGGCGCGGGUUAUCAAAGCUGAGAGCAGCAUCCUUUCGACUCGUCGCCGGAGCUCCGCGAUUAAAACCCCCUCAUAUAAUGUCAUAUACGCACAAAUACCGACGUGACGAUGACUGUAAGGUUGACGAAAACAGGAACAAAGGGUCUUUAAGAUGGUCCCACUGCAGGAAGCGUGGUGCUGAUGGAAGUGUGAGGGGGCCUCAGAGAGAAGCCGAAUCAACGCAAAGCUCAAGCAAAAGAGAGCACAGGCCACAGAGGCCAGAGAGUUUUACAACUCCAGAGAGUGAAGGACCAGUGUCAAGAAUAAGAAACUGGGGGGAUGAGGUGGAGGCAGAUGAAAUGCGAACCAGUGUCCGACGUGACAUGCAGCGGUACAGGCGAAGGAUACUGGCUGGAGAGUUUGUUCAAAGAGAGAGGAAAACCUCGUCUGGAAGUUCAGACUCCAGAGAUUCCAGGGACUCUCCAGCACCUGGUGACAUUGAGACAGACGAGACGGUCUUAAUGAGGAGACAAAAGCAGAUCAACUAUGGCAAGAACACCCUUGCAUAUGACCGAUACAUUAAAGAAGUUCCCAAGCACUUAAGAAAGCCAGGAAUCCAUCCCAGAACACCCAACAAAUUUAAGAAGUAUAGCCGGCGCUCUUGGGACCAGCAGAUAAAACUGUGGAAAGUCAAACUUCAUGCGUGGGACCCACCUGCUGAAGAAGGCAGUGACCUGCAAGCAGUAGAGGAUUUUGAUUUUGACAUGGAGUGCUCAGUAGAUCCUGAAAUUGAACUACAAUAUCCAAAAUCCACUAGUGCUUCGUCAUCUUUGCCUCAGGACUCCUGUACAGGAACCCCUAGCAAGAUGAUGAAGUUGGAUGAGUUAGAAAUUGCUUGACCUCCAUCACUGGUGCUCUUGACUUUUUUGUGGGGGGGACGGGGGGCGGGGGGGGCUGCUGUAUGUUGUAAUGCACUGUUUGAUUGAUUCUUUUCUACAUCUGUGUUUUGUUUUUGGUUUUUUGGGGGUUUUUUCCCCCCAAACUUCCUUUAAUCCUUGUUGUUUGCCUUUUUUUCUGUAAAGUGUAAAAUGCACAGUUCUAUUGUUUUUGCAUAUUAUGUUCUUCCACAUCAGAAUUCAAUCCAAAUUCAAAUUGUAAGUAAUUGUAAUCAUUUUAAAUGCAUAGCUUCUGUUUUUAUCUUGUGUACAGGCUUUCUUUUGUUAAAUGUUUACUCAGGUGUUUUAUUAGGAUGAUUUUGAAAUAAAUAAAACUGGAAAGACUU